AUGGAUUCGUCAUCUGAUGUAACAACAAUUGAUCAUCAUGGUUUUGAACAAUAUUAUGAAGAUUUUAAAGAGUAUAUUACAGGUGAUCUGAAAGAUUUACCAUUAUCAAUUACUGGAAAACCUACACUUAUUCAAGCUAUGAAAACAGUGGAUCCAAAAUUUCGUGUUCCAUCUCGACGGUCAAUCACAUCUGAUUAUUUACCAAAAUUACAUGAACAGAUUAUCAACAAAUUAAAAACUACAUGCUCAUCAGCUGAUUUUCUUUAA